CGAUUAUCUGAAUCAAUAUUUUGAGGCAGAAUCAAAGGCAGUUUCUCGCUCCAGUGCUUUGAAAUAAUAUUUCCACACCAGCGGUGGUUGGGCUCUACGCUUGCGUUUCUGGCUGCGAAUGGGAACCGGAAAGGAGGUCCGUAUUGACCUCUUUGCUCAGGCAUUUCUUUGGUUGUUUGAUGUGCUGGAGAGAAGAAAGGAACGGCAAGCAGAACGAGGAGGAAAGCUGCAAAUCCAUCUUGCUUAUGAGCCCCUAAGUCUCCUGCAGACCUGGAUGGCAGGGCUUGACCCUGCGUGGCUUAACCGGAUCCAUGAAGGCAUCUGCUGAGCUGGGGAUCCAGCCCCGCCAGUUCCAACGCAGUGGGAGGAGAGGCUACAGGGUCACGGCCAAAGCCUCCUACGUGGACGAGUCGCUUUUCGGCAGCCCCGCAGGACGACUGAACACCAAAGCAGAGUUUGACCCACCGUGGGUGUGUAAGAAAGCUAGUUCUCCGAGACCCCUUUUGUGGAGUCCCAAGACGACGCAAUGGGAGGUGGGCACCAGCCCCUCGACAGCUGCUCCGCCAACCAGCACUCCGAGAAAGGGAAAUAAAUACAGGCUAAAAAAUCACACCCCAUCCUACUGCGAUGAGACUCUGUUUGGGCCAAAGCCAGGGGGUCAGGAGCAGGCGACUCCCUGGAUGGUGAAGGGGGAAGUGGCUAAGCUCCGCCCUUUGCUUUUGACUCCACCUUCUGCUGCGAGGGACCGGCCAGUCCUUUCCCCUCGUCCGAAGGACAUGCCACUGAGAGCCUUCCAUCGGGAGACACCGGACAUCCAGGCCAAAGAGGCAUUUGGAACCUGGCGUGGAGGAGAAAGUUCUUGGGGGCAUCCUGAGAACUGCUUAGAUGCAGACAGCCAGGACUUUCUGGGGCGGGUGCCCCCCCAGCCUGUUAUCCGGCUGUAUAAAACUUCUGAGGGUUCCCAGGCCCACCUAAGCAAGCCAAGGACAAGUAUGGAACAGGAUCACCAAUGCACUGUGGCUUCCCAGGGGUCUCUGCCUAGGCCACGUUCGAAUAAUUUGUCUGGGUUGUUGUCUGCCAGGGUCAUAAGAGCUACAAGCUCAUGUAAGCCCAGGCCGCCCUGGAAAUAAAUAAAUAA